UUUGUGUAAAAAAACUUUUCAAAAGAGAAAGAUUUUUUGUUAAUUUCUUUUUUUAAUUUUACUAUUAAUAGAAAAAGGAACUUAUCAACAGUCAGUCUUUUUUAAUCAUUAUACAUGUCUUCUAAUAUUAAUCGCCCUAAAAGCUUGGCGGGCAACAAAUUUAAACCUCCUACUCCUCUAAUACAGAAUAAAAAUGUAAAAAAAAGAGAUUCUUUUAGAGUUUAAUAAGAGAAUAAUUAUGACAAUGAUAUAAAUGAUAAUAAUUAAAGAAAUUCAAUACGACUAAAAUCUCAUAAGGGUAAUAUUGCAUAAAAUAAUAACGGUUAACUGACUGGCUACUAUAAUGGAUAAAUAUAAACUAAUAAUGAUGGCCUUUUAUAUUUUGGAGGAAACAUAGGAGGCUAGAAUUCUUCAAAGUCAAAUAAAAGAUUUUUCACCUCAAACGUUUUAAAUAGCCAAAAUUCUAAAGAAUACAACGAUCAAAUUACAGAUGAGUUUAACGAUAACAAUAUAGUUUAAAAAAAUUUAUAAUUACAACUUGAUGAAAUUAAUAAUGAAGCUUGCAAUAAUGUGCCAAAGCUGAUCAAAUAAAAUUUAAAUUCAAAAAACAACUCUGCUUAGAGUACUUCUCAAUCUUCAAGUACAACUCCUAUAUCAACAAAUGGAUUUUAACAGUCAGAUAAUAAAAAGUCUAAAUUGAAUGGCGCUCAAUAAGCAGGUUAAUCAAAAAGUAGUAAAAAAGGGGAAAAGUAUAUUUCAAUAAAGGACACUAUAGCAGCCUAUAAAGAAGUAGAAUAGAAACUUAUAAUGAAAAGCAACGAUAUUAAUGGAAGGCCUCCUUUAUUAAUAUCGACGAAUAAUCAAAUAGGAAUAUCAUCUAUUACUCCUUAAUCGAUUACAUCUAAUUAAGCAUAAAAUCAAUAAUUAUAACAAAAUUUAAUUAAUUCUAUCAAGUAGGUGUAUUCAGAAGAGAGAUUGAAUAUAAUAGGUUCUUCUUGCUAACAAUAAAAUAUUGACAAAAAAGGAAUACCUUUUGGUGUAAAUCUGAAUUAAAGACCGGGAUUAAAUAGUGCAGCUAAUAGUAGCUCUUCAACAACUCAUAAAAAUAACAAUCCACUUCUUAAUAAAGAAAAUUCUACGACAGGGUCAUCUUUUUAGAAUUCUAAUCAGGCGACAAACACUAUUUAUAAUUAUUUAGUUAAUCCUUCUGCUGCUCUUCCUCCUUCAAAAAUUAACAGUAUAAACGUUUUUAGAAUAAAAAAAUAAUAAUCUUCUACGAGAAGCAGCUAUAAUCAAUAAACACCUUAGUAAAAUAACUACUAUUAAUUAGAUGGAAAUAACAAUUUUUAUAUAUAAUAAAUUUUCAACUCAUAAAAAAGCAAAUAACAAAAUUUUUUAAACUAAGAAAGUGAUGAAGAAUAAAGUAACGAAAAAAAUAAUACUUCAUUCAACUGCUACGAUUCUAAUAACCCAAAAAGUACUACUCAAAAUCAAAACUAGUUAAAACAAAAAUAUUAAUUAGCACCACAAUCUUAGAUCACUGCAGAUGAAUUUAAUUAUUAGGACUCUUCUUAAUUAGAUAAAAAUAGCUCUAAAUUGAUAGGAAGUAAUAGGUAUAUUCAAAAUAACAGAUAAAUUUUAAGUGCAUAAAGACCUCCUAAAGGAUAAAACAAGUCUGCUGCAGCCACGAACUAGAAUUCGACUAAUAACACUUCCUCAAUGCAAUUAAAUGAAAAUAAAAAAAUUAGAUUUUCUCAUGCUAAAAGAAAUUCAGAAAAAUUUACAGGAAAUACUAUUAAUACCUAAUCUAAUUGGUCUCCAGAAGCAUCUAUCUGUUAAUAAGAUGAUGCUAGCUCAGAUGAAAUUUAAUUAUCAUCAAAAUCAAAUAGAAGCUAAUCAAGUUAAAGUAAACCAAAUAAUUUUUCUAGUGUAGACAAAAAUGAAAAAGGAAAUUUAUAAAGUGAGAAUAGUUAGAGCAAUUCAUAUUCAAAAAAUACUGAUACAAACUAAAGUUUACAAAAAUCGAGUCUACUACUGAAAAUUUAAAAACAGAAUGAGCAUUGCUCUCAAAUCUUAUCCACAAUAAAUACUGCAGAAAUAAAACCUUUAUACUGGAAAUCUUAAGUAAUUGAUGAUAUAGCCAACACAGAUUAUGAAAGAAAUAUUUUAAUUUUAAAAGCAGAAAAUCUACUUUUUGGAGGUUUUACAUCAGAAUCGUAUUGGGAAAAAAAAGAUAAUUAAGGACAGAUCAACGGGAAUGGAAUUUUUGGUGGUAUGAUAAAUUUUAAUGGAAAUAGCUCAAAUAAUAUUAGAUCUACCUAUUUAAAUAAUGGGAAUAGUGGGUAUCAGGGAGACAUAUACAGUAAUAAGUUAAACGAAAUAAAAAGAAUUUUAAGAACUCUGUCUAAACAUUACCUUAUAUUUUUGCUAUUUAAUAGUUGCAGUAAGAAAGUCAGAGACUUAGUCAGCUUUAUGAUAAAGUAAAGCUUUUCUUUUGAUGGUGCUUAUUACACAUACAAUCCUUAAUCAUAUAGCAUUUAUUCCAAUAAAUGUGUUAAUUUACAGUAAAUUAUAAUUGAUUAUAAGCUUCAAAGCAAGGUCAAUAAAAUAAUAAUAUUUGAUGCAGUUCCUUCAAAUUUUUAAGCAAAUCUCAAUCAAAGCUAAUUUCAGAGAAACAACUUUAGAACGCCAGCAUAUUCAACCCAUAAAAAAAGAAAUUUAUCUUACUAACCUAUGAGAAGCAAGAGUGGAGUUAUUAAUACAGAAUCAGAGCCCUACCUUGCUAAGGAUUAAUUUCAAAUUGAAUAGUCAAUUGAAAAAGAUGAUAUUAUUAAAUCAGCUCAAAAUUAAAAUUGCUUCAAACUAAAAAAAGAGCUACAUUUUUAAUUAUUAUAAGAAUUCAUCCCUAAAUUUGAAGAGAAGAUUAUUGGAAAAGCAAAAGUUGUUUUAUUUAAAUAAAGAAUUAAUCCUAAUCUUUUAUAGGCUAAUCAAAAGAAAGUUUUAGAAGUUGCUCUUUCCUUUGUAGAUCCUCGAAUUAGUUCAUUUUCAAACAAUUUAUAUUUUUUAAAUCUAGAUGUAUAAGAUGUUACAGCCUAAGCAUAUGAAGAAGGCUUACUUAAUCAUAGAAAAAGGAAUUUCUUAAAAGAAAUAAACAAAGUUAAGUAACAAAACAAAAACACAAAAGAAGUUAUUGAAUUAGAUAGUGACAAAGUUGCUGAAAAUUUCAGAAACAGACUAAUCGAAUACAUGAAAUCAACUAACAAAUAAAUACAUAAUUUAUAUUAUUUAGUUGGCGAUUUAGUUGUUAGAAAUAGAAACAUUUUCCAAAAAUACUAUACUGACCCUUUCCAUUGCAAAAAGAAAAAUGUUGAUAAUCUUCUCUAGCUUGAUAUGCUGAGGUAUAAGCCUUUUCCAAAAUUAUCUAAGCAAAUGUAUUUUAGAGGUAAAUAAGCCUAAGAUUAUUAGAAUCUUAUGAAGUAGCUACCCUAAAAAAAUCCAUACGAUAUUUUAUUUUUCCCAGAAGAAAAUAUCAAUAAUCCAUAUUAAUAGAAGCCCCUUGAAAAUAGUUAAAUUAUUACAAGCCAAAAAGAUUAAAAUAUUGAGACUAUUUCAUUAGAUGUGAAGCAAUCUCAAAAUAAUUAGAUUAAAGAAAUUAAUGAAAUAAAUAUCAAAAAGAAAUGUACAGCUAUAAGUUAUAAUUUACCAUUUAGCAUAUACUUAUGCAUGGAAGUUUAAAUUUGA